AUUAACUGAAAGUGAAUUAACAUGAUUCACGAGUUGUUGCUGGCGUUGAGCGGAUAUCCGGGGACCAUUUUCACCUGGAACAAACGGACAGGUUUGCAGGUGUCCCAGGACCUGCCCUUCCUUCACCCCAGUGAGACCAGUGUCCUGAACCGACUCUGUAAACUGGGCUCUGAUUAUAUUCGCUUUACAGAGUUCAUAGAACAACACACUGGACAUGUUCAUCAACAAGAGCAUCAUGCGAACCAGCCCAACCAGACUGGACUUCAUGGGAUUUACUUGCGGGCUUUCUGCACAGGCCUGGACUCCAUGCUGCAGCCCUACAGACAGGCCCUGCUGGACCUCGAACAAGAGUUCCUUGGAGAUCCACAUCUGACAAUAUCUCAUGUGAAUUAUAAGCUUGACCAGUUUCAGCUGCUGUUUCCCUCUGUGAUGGUGGUGGUGGAGACGAUAAAAUCACAGAAGAUCCAUGGCUGUCAGAUCCUGGAGACGGUGUACAAGCACAGCUGUGGGGGGCUUCCUCCUGUUCGCAUGGCUUUAGAAAAGAUUCUGGCAGUGUGCCACGGUGUGAUGUACAAGCAGCUUGCAGCUUGGAUGCUGCACGGUUUGCUGCUGGACCAAAGCGAGGAGUUUUUUGUGAAGCAGGGUCCCAGUGCAGGAGGAGCUGCUGCCAACCAGGAAGAGGAAGAGGAAGAUCUGGGGCUGGGAGGUCUGAGCGGGAAGCAGCUCAGAGAGUUACAGGACCUGCGGCUGAUCGAGGAGGAGAACAUGCUGGCUCCAUCUCUGCAGCAGUUCUCCCUGCGAACAGAGAUGCUGCCGUCUUACAUCCCCAUCCGAGUGGCUGAGAAAAUCCUCUUUGUGGGAGAAUCGGUUCAGAUGUUUGAAAACCACAACCACAGCCCGUCUAGAGCUGGCUCCAUACUGAAGCACCAGGAGGACAUGUUUGCUGCCGAGCUGCACAGACUCAAACAGCAGUCGCUUUUCAGCCUGGUGGAUUUUGAAAAUUUGAUUGAUCGCAUCAGGAGCACAGUGGCAGAGCAUCUCUGGACGCUGAUGGUGGAAGAGUCGGAUCUGCUCGAACAACUGAAGAUCAUAAAAGAUUUCUACUUGUUGGGUCGUGGAGAACUCUACCAGGUUUUUAUUGAUCUCGCGCAACAGAUGCUGAAGACGCCUCCAACAGCCGUCACUGAACACGAUGUAAAUGUGGCCUUUCAGCAGGCGGCUCAUAAGGUUCUGCUGGAUGACGACAACCUGCUGCCUCUGCUGCACCUCACAGUCGACUACCAGGGCAAAGACAGCAAAGAGGCGUCGGGCCCCAGAGACGGAGCCACUCCUCCACAGGAGACGUCUCCCCGCGAGGUUCCUCCAACUGGCUGGGCAGCUCUCGGCCUCAUCUACAAGGUCCAGUGGCCGCUGCACAUCCUCUUCACUCCUGCUGUCCUGGAGAAGUACAACGUUGUGUUCAGGUACCUGCUCAGUGUUCGGAGGGUUCAGUCUCAGCUGCAGCACUGUUGGGCUCUACAGAUGCAGAGGAAACACCUCAAGUCCAGCCAGACGGACGCUGUGAAGUGGAGGCUACGCAACCACAUGGCCUUCCUGAUUGACAACCUGCAGUACUACUUGCAGGUGGAUGUGCUCGAGUCUCAGUUCUCUCAGCUGCUUCAGCAGAUCAACUCCACCAGAGACUUCGAGAGCAUCAGACUGGCCCACGACCAUUUUCUCAGCAACCUGCUCGCCCAGUCCUUCAUCCUCCUGAAGCCGGUGUUUCACUGCCUGAAUGAGAUCCUGGAGCUCUGCCAUAACUUCUGCUCGCUGGUCAGUCAGACUGUCGCUGCUCUGGACGAGAGAGGAACUGCUCAGCUGGACAUCCUGGUCAAGGGUUUCAGACGCCAAUCAUCUCUACUGUUUAAAAUCCUCUCGAGUGUGAGGAACCAUCAGAUAAACUCAGAUCUGGCUCAGCUGUUACUGCGACUGGACUACAACAAAUACUACACCCAAGCUGGAGGCACGCUGGGCAGUGUUUAAGAAGAGCACGAAGCAUUAGGAUUCAGCCAUCAAUGCUAAACUGAACAGAAGAAGCUCCCAUCACCACAACACUGAUAGUGUGGCAUGUCUAUUUAAAAUUAUCUUUACAAACUUAAAGCACCCAAAUGACAAACCGUAUUUUCUCACUUCACUCUAUUGGUGUCCAGUUUUGUGCACAGAUGAUCUAAUAUUCGCUUGUGAACUACUUCAGUACAAGAAAAAUGAACAAGAUUUGGUUUGUUGAGCUCACAGCACUUAAAUUACUUUGAAUAUCUAAUUUAAGGAACAGUUUUUUGCUUUCUUGCUGAGUUAAAUGAGAACAUACAAACCACAGUCACGUCUGAGAGAUGAUUAGCUUAGCUUAGCAUAAAUGCCUUUCAACUGUGCCAGCUGUUCAUCAAUUAGUCAACUAUUACAAUGAUUGGCAACGCUUUUGACAAUAGAAUAGCUGACUUUAGUAAAUUCU